AUGUCGCAGAAUUACCAGCAAUACAGUGGGAAUCCCUACGGCCAGGCCGAAGAAUAUGGUGCGCAUUCGAAUCCAUACGGCGGGAGCGGCGGCUAUGGCUCGUCCAACCCAUAUGGCGGAGGUUAUGACGAGCCGCCGCAGCAGCAGCAGCUAAACCCUCCAGCCCCUCUCCAGCGCCAUGGCGAGUCCAAUUACUCACAGCCGUCGCAAUACUCACAGGCUGGUGCCUUGAGCCCAGCGCAAACGAAUGGGCAAAACGUCCCUCAUACAGACGUACCUCUCAACGGCUUGCCUGGCCAAGGCAAUACCAUGGAGGCGCCUGGGUCCCAGCCUCUAAGCCGAGAUGACUUUUUCACGCGGAUCGAAGGCGCAAAGCAGCGCAUCGGUCAGCUUACUUCGGACAUCCAAACCAUUGCCAAUAUCCAUCAGCGCAUGCUCUCCUCGCCCGACAACCGGUCCAGUGCUGAACUCGAGGCCGUUGUAACCAACACGCAGAUCAGGAACACACAAAUCAAGGACGAGAUCAAGUUUCUGGAGAAGGACGCCUUGCGCGACCCCAAUGACAGGACAAAGAAGUCUCAGGUCGAGGCACUCAAGAGGACCUUCAAGAGCCAGCUCGAGGACUUUCAAAAGGAGGAGGCUGAUUAUUCCAAGAGGUACCGUGAGGCUAUUGGCAGGCAAUAUCGUAUCAUCAACCCAGAUGCUACAGAUGCCGAAGUCGAAGAGGUAGCCAAUGCCGACUUGGGUGACGAGGGUAUAUUUACCCAAGCUCUCAAGUCAAACCGUAGCGGCCAAGCAGCAAGCGUCCUCGGUGCCGUCCGCGCCCGCCACAACGACAUCCAGCGCAUCGAAAAGACAAUGAGCGAGCUCGCCCUCCUCUUCACCCAACUCAACGAGCAAGUCAUGUACCAAGAACCGCAAAUCCAGCAAGCCGAGCAGCAAACCGUCCAAGUCAAAGACGAUACGGAAAACGCAAACAAGCAGCUAGAAGAGGGUAUCAAGUCGGCGAGGCGCGCGCGAAAACUCAAAUGGUACAUUCUUCUUACCGUCAUUGCCAUCAUUUGCAUUAUCGCGCUCGUGCUGGGACUUUACUUUGGGUUGAAGAAGAAUUAG